GCCGCGUAAGCUGGGCUGUUUCUUUCUUUAUCGCCCAUUCCUUUCGUUCAAACACCAAAAGGCAAAGCCUUUCGCCCUUUUUUUCUCCGAGAAAUUAGCCAAAAUCCUAAUGCAAGUGGAUGGAAAAACAACACUAAAACCUGCAGAUGCAUCUCUCUCUCCUUCCGGACUUAUAUAUCCGCUUUCAUCAUUUCAUGCUCAGACCUUUCUCUCACCAAGAAGCAACAAGAAGAAAAUUAGAAGAAGAAGAAGCACCGCAGAGAUUGUUAGGGAGAGAAGUUGAGGGCGGGGGGGGGAGAGAGAGAGAGAGAGAGAGAGAUAUGACUUCCUCCGUGCAGUUCCAGCGGAUCAACCCCGCCCACCAACCGUCCUCCGCCGCCGCCGCCGCCGCCGCCGCCGCCGGCCUGGGGUGCCACAAGCAGAGCCAGCCGGCGGUGCUCGCCGGGCCUGUGUCGCCCGGCGCGGUGCCCGACUACGCGGCCCCGUACCACCGGCACCAGGUGGGGCCGAACCAGUGCUGCUCCGCGGUGGUCCGGUCCAUCGACGCGCCGGUGCCGGUGGUGUGGUCGGUGGUGCGGCGGUUCGACGAGCCGCAGGCGUACAAGCACUUCCUGAAGAGCUGCCACGUGAUCGACGGGGACGGGCACGUGGGGACGGUGAGGGAGGUGCGCGUCGUGUCUGGGCUGCCCGCGAACUGGAGCACGGAGCGGCUGGAGAUCCUGGACGACGAGCGCCACGUGAUGAGCUUCAGCGUGGUCGGCGGGGAGCACCGGCUGGCGAACUACCGGUCGGUGACGACGCUGCACGCGGCGAGGGGAGGGGCGGCGACGACGGUGGUGGAGUCGUACGCGGUGGACGUGCCGAGCGGGAACACCAACGAGGAGACGUGCGUGUUCGCCGACACCAUCGUCAACUGCAACCUCCAGUCCUUGGCUCAGAUCGCCGAGAACAUGGCCCGGAAUUUGUGAAACCACCGCUUGUUCCGCCGAUCUCGAAAGACCGAAGAAUUACCCAGAAAACCCAAAAAAAGAGAAAUAGCUACAUCGAUCUUCUUUUAUCUCUUUCUGUCUCUUUAUUACGCCUGAUGUUGAGCAGAUCUCGAAAAGCCAGCGCUGGCAGUUCAUCAUUUUGAUUAGCUUCUGUCGUCGCAGAGGAGCGACUGGGGAAGAUGAUGCUGUAUAUGGGUCAUUUUGUUAGGCUUUUUUAUUUAUUUUUUUGUGUUUUUUUCGUAGUUUUAUUUUUACUGUGUCCAAAUGUCUCUGUCCUUUUAGUGAAUUUCUAAGUAACCUGAUGAGCUGCCAAUCAGCACGAUUCAUUUCC